CAUACAUACUAACCUAACCUAUGUAUAUGUAACCGACUUCAUAACACUUUCAUCCAAAGAGCUUUUUCAAUAAAUCAACGAAAACGAAAACAUUGGGUGCCGAUUUGGAAUUUGGCCACCUAUGGAAGAAUGAAUUGCCGAGACUGAAUUUAUCAACGACAUAGGACGUGUGCUCAAGGCAUCUAUUGAGAUUCGUUGCAUCCAUACCUGGAGUCUGGCCUAGCCUCCAUACUCAGACUUAAUUCUGAAGCUUUAUAUUACUUUAAUCAUAUAAUCUUAUAUCUGAGGCCGAAUCCAUGGAGAAUAGCGUAUUCUUCCAAGGCAGCCUGCAGGAUGGCAUCUCCCUUGCUAUCCAGCAAUCCAAGAUGGUGCUUGCCUUCGUGACCGAUGGUGGAGAUGAAAGCGAGAUGUGGGAAAAUGAACUUCUCACAAACACUACCCUAAAAGCACCGCUUGAAAGCAAAGCUGUGUCCCUGAGACUGCCAGCAGGUUCCCAAGAAGCAGGCUUUCUAGAGGCCUUAUUCCCUGUACCGAAGAAGCCAACCGUAGUCAUCAUUCAAAACGGCACGCUUAAAGAAUACAUCCGUGGUGGUGGUCCGGGUGGCUCCUCGAAGGAAGAUCUUGUGAAUAGAAUUGCGAAAAUUCUUACUCCUCCAGCACCAGCGGAGAGUGGGGCUCAACCGACGACAUCGAGCUCAGCAGGCCGAACUUUGAAUCAGGGCCCAGCAACACCGGCCUCCCAGGCUCCAGCUUCUACCAGGAAUAGCGUAACAGAUGACUUAUAUGAUGAUUAUGAUGAUGUGCCUGCCCCUGUAAGCUCUAGUGCGCCAACAGGAAGCUCUGGGCAGCCUCAGCAAUCGCCACAAGUUCAGGCUCUUCUUGCCGAGCGAGCGAAGCGCUUGGAGGCUGACAAGAAGGCCAAGGCUAAAGCGGAAAAGGACGCCCGAGCUAAGGCUCGUCAAGAGGCCAAUGAAGCCCACGAGGGACAGUCGUCGAAUGCCAACCCCGCAGGGAAAAGUUAUGCAGAGGAAAUACGACAGAAGAAAAUUCAGGCAGCAGAGGAGAGAAAGCGUAUCUUAAAACGUAUCGAGGAUGAUAAGCAAGAGCGAAAGGAACGCGAAGCCCAAGAGAGGCAAGCUAGAUUGCUACUGAGCGCAACUCAGGAUGGAGAAGGACCAAGUUACCAGGCCCCGCCUAUCCCCCUUCCAAGAAUACAAGGGGGCGCGAAGGGGGGAGACCGCUGUAAUCUACAGAUACGACUCUUCGACGGUUCAACAAUUCGCACCCAAUUUAAGAGUGAUGCCACAUUGAGCAAAGAUGUGAGAGAUUGGAUCGACGAGGAUAGAACUGAUGGCGACGCACCAUAUACGUUUCGUAUCGUCCUGACACCUCUACCCAACAAGGCCAUCGAGCCCGCUGAGGAGUCCGAGUCUCUGCUAUCUCUUGGCUUAGCCCCUUCCGCAACACUCGUCCUCGUCCCAUCCAAGCACGCCUUAGCCUAUACGCGCUCCAAUGGCUUCAUCUGGCAAACCCUAGCCUACAUAUUGGGCAUAUUCGGUGCUGGCUAUGGUCUAAUCACCAGCGUGUUCGGCGGCUUCACGGGUAUGUUUUCUGGCCGCGGAGGAAACAGACAGGAAGGUAUUGCUAUGCAGAAUUUGGCUGGUGGUAGAUCAGCAUCACGCAUUAGGGGGUUCCAGAAUGCUGAUGACCAGAGACGGGAUGCGCAGCUGUAUAACGGGAAUUCGUUGAAUUUUGAACCUCGGCGAGAUGACGAGGAUGAGGAUAACGAUGGCAGGUAGUUGAGUGCUUGUACUUAUAGGAGCAGUGUGUGUGAUGUGCUGGGAUGAGGAACAAGUGUUGAUAGGAGAUUGUGUACUCGUAUUAACUACCUAGAUACCGCUAGCGCCUUCAUGUUUUGAAGUAGCUAUGGUUAAUUUUAUUGGUGCUGUUUGAAGUAAAUGAAGACAGCCUUGCCCUUUGGUGCUUCGCUCUUCUGUCCAUGUCAUGAUCGUCGAGGGGUGUGUGUG